CUGAAUUUUGCCGUACACUUACACGUCUGUCCAAAGGAUCCUUGAAAGUUUCUGAUGAUGUAGGUGGUUGCGAGGCGUCGCCGCCGCCGCCAAGUCUCCUGAUAUGAGUGUGUCAAAGAUUACCAGAAGUCGUAGGGGUUGUUUGGCCUGUCGUUCGCGGAGAAUCAAGUGUAAUGAGGCGCAACCGGCGUGCCAAAGAUGCCAAAAACUUAACAUCACUUGCCACUACGGGGGACUUCAAUUGACCUGGCAGGAUGAUAGUGAAGCACGAGGUGUGUCACAUGGGCGACAAGGCAUUUGGAGGAAGCAUGGCAAAGAACUUCCUGAAGUCGCCGAGGAAUUCUCUGUGCCAUUCUCAGAAGAAUAUCGAUCUCCUAACUGGGAGAGCCUCUACUUCUUGAACACCACUUUCCAAGACAUGGCUCUGUACUACGGGGUUGAUUCCAACGCGCAGGCCGACGAUGACGACGCUGCCGAAAAUGGAUCGGUAUCAGCUGCCGAGCUUGACACACGAGGAAGCGUCGAGCAAAGACGGCCUGUGGCCGAACGCCAGGUGCACAACUCGAUGAAUAUGCUUCGGCAUAGUCUAUCAACAUUUCCGGUUCAGAAUCGUCCUGAUGAUUCGGUUCUCCUUUCCUACUAUGACAUGGUGAUCUGUGCCUCACGAACAUUACUCGACGACGAACAACACAAUCCUUAUCGGCACGUUCUGUUACCAAUGGCGUUCAACUCUCCAGGUCUCUUUCACGCAACCUUGGCAAUAUCCGCCUACACUUUGCAUUUAAGGGAACCCAAAUUUGCGGUCAUCGCUCUUGAACAUCGACAGCAGGCGCUUCAGGCUUUGAUUCAGUUGAUUAAUCAGGAAGAAAGCGAUUCCAGAACCAUGGACGAGAUUCUUGGAUUGAUCCUCAUGCUUUGCUGGUACGAUAUCUCCGAUCGAUGCCGCUCAUCUUGGGUUAAACACCUUGUUGGAUUCCACGGGCUUCUCCUACGUCGACGGGAAAACACCAAUAUGCAAACAUCACUGCUGAGUCAACGAUUACAGAAGUUUGCCCAUCAGUACUUCAUAUUCCACCUCGUCCUGGCAAAGGCGACAUUCCACGAUCCAAACACGGAAUUUGGCAAUAUACUCAUUUCAGAUUUUCUUUUUUCAACAACCAAUAUUACCUCCACUUCGAACAGCAUACUUCCUACCUCACUAGAAGAGAUACUGCCUCUACCUAUAGCUGAGCCACAUGUCAUGUCCUCACAGCCUCGCCUUGAUGAUAUUGACCUAUACAUGGGCUUCAGUAAUUCCUUGUUGUUGCUCAUUGACGAAAUAACGAGUCUAACAAAGGCUGGUUGCAGUGAUAAUUCCACCCAGCACAAUCUGGACCUGUUAACUCGUGCACACCGAAUCAAGGCUAGUAUUGAGAACUUGAAAGAGCGCGAUUCCGAGAUUGGCAACUCCUGCGGUUUGAUCGAUGAAGGGUCUAUCAUUAUUGCAAUCGCUGAGGUUUAUCGCCUCGGUGCCCUUCUGUUCUUGCACGAAGUCCUUUCCAAUCCGGACUUAGCAUUCCCGUAUCACAAGCGUGUGUUCACACCGGACGAAAGAGAUGUCUACAUGUCUGGCAUUCUGGACAUAGUUAGCUCGAAUGUGUCGACAAUCUGUGCGGUCGCUACCAUGCCGCUUUGGCCCCUCUUCCUUGCAGGCUGUUGCGCUACAAAGGAGAGUGAUCGAGUCAAGGUCCUACAAAUUUUUGAACAUACCGAGAUGCAAUGCCGGUUCGGAAAUGUCAUACCUGCUCGAAUGACACUCAAAGCAUUAUGGCGCCAACAAGAUCUCAAGUCCGAUGAGCCGAUACAACCCAUGAAGCAGAAACGAGCAUCGACAGCGAAAUUCAGACAUGAGGGUUCAUAUGUUUCAUAUGAAUGGGAAAGGAUCCUUGAUCAACUAGGUGGAUGGAAGAUCAGUCUCACAUGAUUGGUAUCGCCGGUGACGAAUAAUCUAUUGCUCUGCAAGGAGAUUGGGUGUUCUCAUGCUGAGAUCCCCCCCAGCAAAGCUUCCCUCACCAUGAUGCGAGUCCGUGGCGCAAAGACUCGUUAUAACCUUGCCUCUCGGCUCUUGAAUUGAGCUCUAUUUCUUCCCUGCCAGCCUGGCAGGUCACACAGCUCCAUCUCAGGAUCCAUAUGUGCUAAGUUUUUCCCGGAGACGUCCUGGCCCGGCCGCCAUCUCCAGCUCUCUGCAAUGUCGGCGUCUAGCUUUCCCUCCAGCAUAUCGGCGAUGUACUUGCCCAGCACUGGCAUGAACUUGAAGCCGUGUGCGGAACCACCCGCCGCAACGAAAAGCCCCUUAUGUUCUGGGUGCGGAGUAAUCAAGAAGUGCCGGUCUGCUGUAUCGGCAUCCCAGCAAAGUCGUGUGAAAGAGAACGGCCUAUUCGCCAAUUCAGGAAAUACCCGCUCGAGAUUUCGACGCAUAGUAGCUUCUAUGUCCUUUGGAAGUCCGUCCUGAGGAUUCUCCACGAAAGUAUGUGGCUUGGAAAUAACAGAGCCGUUCCUGCCAAUCGGGACGUGAUUUGUGAUGAACUUGCUAUGCGCCAUCUUGAAGAUACCAUUCGUGGUUGGUGGGAAGAAGUAGCCAAGUUCUAGAUUGUCCAUGAUCGGUAUCGGGGCGUAGUGCUUCGUCUCCUCAGCCGAAAGUUGGAUAUGGGCGACACUAUGCCCUUUGGCUGUAAGCUGACCCUCCAUAUCAAUGAGCGAAGGGAGCCAAGCACCAGCAGCCAGCACAACCACAUCAGCACUGUGAAUAGUACCGUCGAGUGUCCGGACACCAGUACAUUCUCCGCUCUGGGAUGUGAUCACCUCUUGUGCGAAGCCACGGCGACCGCUGAUGUAUUCGACCCCUUUAGCGCGAGCAUCCUCAACUAGCCGUACCACAGCCUCGCCUGAAGCAACCCAUCCUGCAGUAGGAUUCCAGACAUUGAUAUUCCAUCCAUCCAAUUUCCCUUUCACUUGGGGAAAUCGUUGUCUCAUUUGAUCUGUUGUCAUGAUCUCGAGACCGCUGACGCCCAAUUGCUCGGACACCUCAAUCGACCCCUUGACGAAGGGCACAGAUAAGUCCAUGGCGCUCAAAACCCAUCCGGGAACAUGAUAAAGUCCAUCGAAGAGCUCAGAUUUCCAUGCUUCAAUCGAUUCUAGCCCUAGACGGGCAUACAGUGGCUCGUUGUAGUCGAAGCGAAUAAUCUUGCUGAUAUCUGUGGAUGCCGCAUCGAUGGAAGGGUACUCAUAUCGGUCGAGUACUCUGAUAGAUUUGUAGCCUCGCUGAGCCAAGUGGUAGGCAGUCGAUGUCCCAAAUGCUCCGGCGCCCACAAUCAAGAUGCGACUAUUGAAAUCAACCAUGGCGUACAAAGUACCUGCGUGGAAUUGGGGAUGAGGAUUUAUUGAUUCAUCAGCUCCCCUUCGCAAAGUCAACGAACUCCUGGCAUAGACAGGUAGCAAUUUGUCGCUGGAAAGCCACACAACCUGCUUCCCAAAGGCGUUGGUUGUCUCGUGCAGGUACCGGUGCUACUCAGCAAUCUAUUCAGAAUGUCGCCUUGACCGCCUUAAACCAUUACAUACCUACCAACUGAAGAUCUCCUACGCCCUACCAGAACUUACAGUGCAUGCCACUCAAUAUCAUGAUUGAUCAAGAACCGGGUCCAGGGAAGGUCGAUCCGCAAUCCACACUCUUGGUUAGUUUUCGGAGAUGUGAGCCUUCUCCACGCCUCCAGCAGCGUACCGACCUUCCUCAAAAUUUGGGUGCGGGUAUGGCUUCCCCAAGAUGGUCUAUCGUGCUAUACCCGUGUCAAAUCUAGAGUUUUGUCCCGUGCUUGUCCCCGAGACCGGGACCGGUGAUGGAGACAGGGCCUGGGCGCGGAAAGACCUUCUGGUUCUACAGGUGCUAGCAUAACCUUUGCACAAAAUGAAGCAUGAGUCGGAGUCUGUCAGGCAUGCCGCAGGGGGCGGGUGGGACAUGUCUUUGAUCUAGAAUUGGUGCAUAUCCCAUCAUGGACCACGAGCUCGCCUAUUUCUCUGGGGCGAUUAUUGUAACUCAUGAUGUCGAUUGAACUAUCUGGGGCAACAUCUGUCAUGGUGCGCUUUGCUAUCCAACUUGUCCCUAGAGGCUAGCUUAUUCCCUUCAAAACGUAGCUUCUCUCUCCGGCUGUCGCUAGCUGAAAGCCAUGCCCAUCAGUAGAUGUAGACAAACGUCUUCUUUUC